CUAUUCUCUCUUUCUUCUUCACCCAAAUUCGAUUAAAACACACUUUAUAUAUCCUUUCCAAUUUUUAUCAUUUUUCUUUCUCUCUCCUUCUCUUUAUUCCUUGCCUUUCCCUUUAUUCAUUUAUUCUUCAAGAUGGAGAAACGCGCCCUUCGUUCCAGUGCUCGUUUAGCAGCAGCACAAGCAGCAGCAACUUCAAAUACUAAUCCUGAUAAUGAUAAGAACACAGAUACUUUACAGUCAACAGCAUCUUCCUCUGCAUCAGCAACGGCUGCUCGACACAGAGCUCUUUAUAAACCCAAUCCAUUGACAUCAGAGACAGCACAGGAGGGUAUCACCCGACGAGUCAAGAAGGAUGCACAACUAAGGAAACUAAGACGAGAGGAGUUGGUCAGUGCAAAGAGGUAUAAGCGUUCCAAAGAGACCGAAGAGUUGACAGGAGAUGAAGAGACCGUGGAGCUGGAGAAGGAACAGAUUGACAGCGUCCAAGCUUUAUUAAAGAGUGGUAAGAAAUCGGAUAAAACCGAUGCACUCAAGACUCUGAGUGAUUACUUGACAUCCUACAAUGAUUCCAAGGAUCUACAAGCUAUGGUCACCAACGGAGACUUUAUGAAGAUUAUUGAGGGAAUACUCACCGGAACAGACGCUGAGGAACAGCUCCUUGCAGCCUCAGUGGUGACCAAUAUGGCAGCUGGCGGAUCGGCAGAAUUAUGCGAUGCUGCAUUGAGUACCGCUCCACAUUUGAUUCAGUUCCUUGAUAGUCAAAACAUUGCCUUGGUAGACCAGUCCGCUUGGGCAUUGGGCAACAUUGCAGCUGAAGGACCCAAAUUAAGAGACAGACUCAAGGACCUUGGAGCCUUACCACCUCUAAUCAAAUUGCUCGAAUCAAAGGAUUUGAAUUUAGUCCAGACUGUUUGCUUCGCCUUAUCGAAUAUGGCGCGUGGAGAAGGCGCGAAUCAAGAAGAGCUCGUCAAAGCUGGUCUGCUUCCAUCGUUGCUUCAUCAUCUCCGCGUUGACACAGAUCCUGCUGUGAUAUCUGAGGCCGCAUGGGUGAUCGUCUAUUUGACUACAGGGCCUGAUAAUAUUAGUGCACAGUUACUAGAAAAUCGUCUGAUUCCUCUACUCGUAGCUCCUCUGAAGGACUUUUUGGAUCGAAAGGCACUGGCCAUUCCAUUAAUCCGCGCUCUUGGUAAUAUUGCAAGCGGACCUGAUAACAACACCUCAGCAUUGAUCCAUGAACCGGAAUUCCUACCUUCUAUGCUUCAACUCAUUCAAUCAGAUUGCAGACCCGUCAAGAAAGAAAGUCUUUGGCUCAUGUCCAACAUUACUGCAGACCACGCAAGCCAAGAUCUAAUUAAAGUCAUUGAAGCAGGAUUUAUUCCUGUCCUGUCUCAAAUUGUGACCCAUCAAAACUUUGAUAUCCGGAAGGAGGCGGCUUAUAGCUUGAUUAAUCUUGCUUCACAUGGUCCAGAGUAUGCAAAAGUUCUGCCACAUCAAGAGUUACUCCCAGGAUUCUUGGAUUUUAUGCGGACAAAGGACAUUGAGCUGAUCUCGUUGGGUCUUCGUUACGUUCAAUUGUUACUCAACUCAGGAAUCGCAGAAGCACCGACGAUGCUCUCGGAGAUGAACGGUGUUGAUGCCCUCGAAUCAGUCUUGGUCUUGUCGGAAGAUCGAGAUCAGCAUCGUUUGGCCUCCUUAUUGAUGGACACCUAUUUUGGUGAGAAUAACAACGGAUCUAGAGUCCCCACCCCUAUUCCUGGAACACCCACACCUGAUCAUCACAAUCCCGGCAGCGAUAGCAAUCCGCAGUCGACACUGGAUGGCGAUGGUAGCACCGCAUUACCACCACAGUAUCUCAAACGUGCUAGUCUUUCUGCUGCAGUUUAA